AUGGGGCCCCCGGGCAAUAGGCGAUCAUGGGACCCCUGUGUCCUUGCCUAAACUCAAAAAAGCCUAUGAAAAAGACCUUUUUUUUUUUGAGAAACUAGAGACCACAACCAAAUAUUAAAAGGAUGGCCUAUACUCCAACAGGCAAUGCUGUCUACAGUAGUCAUCUACUACAAGCAGGGGUGGACUGACAACUCAUGGGGCCCCUGGGCAAUAGGGGAUCAUGGGGCCCUUGUGUCCUCACCCACACCCAAAAAAGCCUAUGAAACAGCAUCUCAUGGGGCCCCCUACUGACCCCGGGCCCUCGGGCAGUGCUCGAAUGGUCAGUCUGCCCCUGAC